UAUUAUUUUUUGUGUGCAUUUUAUUGAUAUAAAUUGCUAAAUAUAUAAUUUUAAAUAUAAUGAACUCGUUGUUAUUAGCGGAUAGUGUUUACCACAAUCCUGUACUAACGCUAAACAAUGCCGAUAAUGUUGAUAAAAUUAAAAACUUGACAAAAGGCUUUCUACACAAUAAGUCGACACUAUUGGCCGUCUCCAAGACGUUCACCGAUGAGAUCCAAUUGGGACUGGCGUUGAGACCGCCGAUGCGGUCGUCCCUUAUUAUGGCCAACACUUAUGUCACACAACUGCCGGACGGCACCGAACGGGGAGACUAUAUCUCGUUAGACUUGGGCUCAACCAACUUUCGGGUAGUACUGUCCCGGUUUGGCACUGACUCUAACACUACGGCAACCACUGAACCCGAGUUCAGUGUCAAACACUAUACGGUGCCGAAGGAGUUCCGGAGGGGAGAGUCAGCACAAUUAUUCAAUUUUUUCGCCGACUGUAUCGCCGACUUUGUGGGCACAUACCUGCCGGACUCCAGUCAUACCAUACCCCUGGGUUUUACCUUCUCGUUCCCGAUGAAACAGCGCUCGAUCGACGUGGCAGUGCUCGAGACGUGGACCAAGGACUUUGACUGCCCGGACGCCGUGGGCCGGGACGCCGCCCAACUGCUCCAGGAGGCCAUCGACCGGCACCGGCCAGCGCUCAACGUGCGUCUGGUGGCCAUAUUGAACGACGCGACGGGCACUUUGGUUCAGGGCGCCCGACUCGACCCCACGGCGGCCGUGGGUCUAAUACUGGGCACCGGGAGUAACGCGUGUUAUAUCGAGCAAAUAGAUCGCGUCGAGUAUUGGACAGAGAGGGAGGGCUGGCUCCGGGACGGGUACCGGGAGGUGAUCAUUGACAUGGAGUGCGGCGGCUUUGGCGACAACGGUGUCAUCGAUUGGGCCAAAACCAAGUAUGACCUGAGCCUAGACCGCGAGUCACUGUUCCCCCACUCUUACACGUUUGAGAAGCUGUUUGGCGGCAAGUUUUUGGGCGAUAUCGUGCGCCGAGUGCUCUUGGAUUUGGCCCAAAAUGGACUCGUAUUUGACGGUAAAGUCACCGAACAGUUGCGGACCGUUGAGUCGUUUACGGCCGCCGAUGUGUCCGCAGUUGAAACGUAA